UUGGACUCCGGCUGUCAGAGCGCAUGUAAAAUCUUUUGGGGUUGAAAUAAUCAUUCGCGGGCCUCUUAUAAAUACUGUUUGAAAACAUUUUUUGUUAACAUUUCAGUGAAGUGAUGUAAAGAACGUAUCAUUUUUUUAUUACUUUUAUUGAUUAACAAGUGUUUGAUUUCGGUUUACAUUAAACUACAAUUUAUUGACGGUCGUGGCGGCUCGCCCUAGUGAAAUUUUUGAGUUGAACCCCUUAUAUGUAACACUGAUACUGCACUUAUAUUUAUUGAUAUUGUCUGUAUUUUUACAUUUUGUGUUCAUUAUUAAAACUUAAAAAAUGAAUGUCGAAGUUACGCCGAACUAUUCUUACGUCUUUGAUUUCGAAAAUGAAUUUAUUCAUCAAGAAACGAGAAAUUGGAUGACUAAAAAUUGGACAUGGGGCUUUUAUUAUUGUGGAAUCUACAUGCUUGUAAUUUUUGGGGGACAACAUUACAUGCAAUCACGGCCAAGAUUUGAGCUCCGGGGCCUUCUGACAGUAUGGAAUGCUGGCCUAGCAAUGUUUUCGAUCGCUGGUGCCUGCCGGACAGCUCCUGAACUUCUCCACGUGCUGACGCACUACGGAUUGUUCCAUAGCGUCUGCGUACCAAGCUUCAUCGAACAAGAUCGUGUAAGCGGCUUUUGGACAUGGUUGUUCGUGCUGUCUAAACUCCCCGAGUUGGGCGACACUUUGUUCAUAGUUUUGCGCAAGCAACCGCUAAUCUUCCUACACUGGUAUCAUCACAUAACCGUUUUACUUUAUUCCUGGUUCUCCUACACCGAAUAUACUUCAAGUGCAAGAUGGUUUAUUGUGAUGAACUACUGUGUGCAUUCCGUCAUGUAUUCAUACUUCGCACUUCGCAGUUUACGUUUGGCUCCACCCAGGUGGUUUGCGAUGGUAAUCACAUCAUUGCAGUUAAUUCAAAUGAUAGUGGGUUGUGCUAUCAAUAUCUGGGCGCACGGUUUUCUACAGACGGCUGGUACCGGUGCUUGCCACAUUAGCCCGAUGAACAUCAAGCUGUCCAUUGCGAUGUAUUUCAGUUACUUCGUACUAUUCGCGCGCUUCUUCUACAAAAGUUAUCUGGGCGAAGGCGGCAAACAUGCCGCAAAAUCGCAAUCCCUUCAGUCUCGGUCGGAGUACGAGCAUAAUAAACUCAAGGCCCACUAACCGUGCAAAUGUAGACGCUGGGGCGUUUGAAAUUGUAUGGCUGAUUAUUUAGCGUGAAUGAAUAUUGAGUGAAUUAUGUUGGUGCAACUAUUGGGCUCAACAGAAUAUUUGAAAAAUUCAAAAUAGGAGAAUUGGUUAAUUGUUGACUAAUAUUAAUACAACUAUUUUCUCCGCGUGUUACAUGAACCUCAGACAAAAAGUUUCGUGGACGUGUAUUUUUAUAAUAAAUUCAUCCUUUUUGGUGUCACUACAUGAUUUGCCUUCAAUAUUUGCAUACUAUGUGGCUGAAAUAUCUAAAUAUUUCAAAUUGCACAGUCAAAUCGUAUGAAUACGCUACAUUUUUUUCUUAAAUUAACACUCAAUAAAGAAGUAUUUUAUUCCUUAUAUAAAUUUUUAUGAAAAAGCCUUACAAUCUUACCUGAAUUCAUUCAUUAUUAAUAAUUAUUAAGUGGUAAAAAACAAGAAGGUUAUAAGAUAAGAACAAGACAUUUCAAAUAUAGAAUACUUAUUAGGCUUAGAAUGUAUUUUUGAUGAAUAAUAAAUUAUCAAGUUACACAAACAUUGAAGAUGAAAGCGUUUAAAAUAUGCGUCCCGUUGAAGCUUUCCGCAGAAACAAUUGUUUCAAAAGUAGGAAAUUGUAUCUUACAAAUUUUAAAUAUCUUUAAAAUAUGUCUGAGUUUUUCAAAACUGCCUGUGUUUAUAUUCAUUUCCAUAGUAUAAUCUUAAAGUUGCCAAUUUGCCUAAAGUAUGUUUUAAAUAGAAUAAAAUUAAUAAUAUAUGUAUCACAUAUAUUAAUAUGUUCACAAAGAUAUAAAAGAAAUGAAAU